AUGCUUGAAACAAUCCAUCUCGAGCACAUUCCCCAUACUCUCUCGAUCCACGUCGCAUUCUAUCGUAACGUCACCAAUGCCUCCUUCCUACACUCGCAGCUCCUCGCACGCAACGCAUCCUUCGAAUACGCCCUGAUUGAUGCCUCGACCGUUAUAUCGCGCUUCCACCUUCUCGCCGCCGUCUACAAGUCCAUCACGGUUGAGUUAGGUGGAAACAUGAAGACGCCCAACAUCCACUCGGAGAUUGUGUGCGCCCUGAGCUCGAACAACAACAUUGCAGAAGCAUAUAGACGUUACGGCAUUUCGCCAAUAAGUAAAGAUGUUCUCGUGGUCAAGGUUCUGAACACGGCGCAUGCGAAUACAAGCGACCUUACGAAAGAGAGCACUGAGACGCAUUUGAAUGAGCAUGUAAAGGGCGAGAGCGUCGAGUUUUCCGAUGAGGAAAUAGCCAAGACGACAGACUGGUCCAAGUUGCGCAAGUACCAUAAGCUGAAUGGUGCGGCGGGGCUGGACGAUAUCACGGACAUGGAUGCCAAGAGGAAGGAGAUGGAGAUGAUGAUUGUUAGUGCUAUGGCGUUAAGGGGUCUGUGA